CUCCAGGAUGCUCUCAUUUCUGCCAAACAAGCUGCUGUGUUAAGCUGAGAGUCUGUAAUCAAUGAGUCUAAUCCUAUACAACGGCUCCAAUGAGUCAAUUCACGAGGAUCAGCAGGUUUAUUCACUCGUCAUCAACAACACAAUGUUGACAAGAGUUCUCUUCAACAGUGAUACAAAUGAGGUAUCCAUUGUUGCAACUGAAGAAGAAUCACAGCAUGAUGGGUUCAGAGCAAGACGCUCUUCGUUCCACCAGAUGAGAUGUCCUCAUUGCGGGUCGACAUUCUCGGGGGUGCCAUUCUCGCCGGCUUCAGCUGAAGCUCCGCACUCAGCUGGCCCAGAAGUGAAUUACUUCAGGCUCUUGGAGUCCAGCGUCAACUCUGUUGAUGGGCUAUUUGCACAGGGUUACUUCAAGAAGUUCUUCAAGAAAAUGGCUUUCCUGGGUAAUGGGUCCAACGGGAGCGUAUUCAAAGUCGAGCAUAUGCUAAAUGAUGUUUCGCUGGGGGUAUUUGCUCUCAAAAAGAUCACUGUUGGUACAGAUGAGAGGCUGUUGGAGCGCACCUUGAGAGAGGUCAAGAUGCUCUCACAGAUCAGUGCCAAAUCACCGAACCUAGUCAGUUACAACCAUGUUUGGUUUGAGAUUGACCGUAUAAACGAGUUUGGUCCGGAAGUGCCGUGUGCUUUCAUUUUGGAGCAGUAUUGCCCUGGAGGCAAUUUGGAGGACUUGCUCACUGAGUUGAGGAACCCUCCUUGGACAGUACACGAUUUGAAGAAACACAAGCACCGGAAACCACAGGGUCGAUUAUUGACGAAUAUGGAGAUAUUCUAUAUAUUCAGGGAUAUCUGUCGAGGGUUGCUUGAGUUGCACAGGAACGGUAUUAUCCACAGAGAUCUGAAGCCAUCUAAUAUUCUCCUAACUAGGAAGUACUGCGAAGAUGCUUAUAACAAUGGGGAAAACCUUGAAGUACUUCCAUCUGUUGUCAUUGGAGACUUUGGAGAGUCCCAGUUUUUGGGUGAGAAGCGUACCGGAACUGGCUUCACUGGUACAAUUGAGUAUAGUGCACCAGAAGUCUUCCUGUCUCCGAUCGCUGGUGCCAGAGCUGAGUUCAAUGAAAUGACUGACAUGUUCUCCAUGGGGAUGAUUCUUUACUUCUUGUGCUACAGCGAUCUGCCAUCUUCCACUAUAAGUGCCGUUGAAUUGGACACCUUCUUCAAGGAAGUAAGUGGUGAUGAUGAGCUUGAUGCGAUGUACCAGCGUGCUACCGAGUUUACAAUCAAUACGAGGGAGGGAUUGAACCCAAAGUAUAACGAUCUCAUCCGUCAAUUGACUUCCAGAGAUCCGGCAGAAAGACCUUCUAGCGAAGAAUUGUUAAAGGUUUUGGAGAUAUUGGAAAAUGACUUUAUGGCUGUCAUUGACGACGUUGAUGAGCUUGAUGUCGAGGAGUAUCAAGAGCUUGAGGAAAACAAUCCACUGUAUGAAUACAUCACCAUGAUAGUACAGGUUGUGGAGCUCAUGAUCAUCAUAGGGUUUUUUGAGCUACGUACAUCUCAUUUGACCUAUGCUUUCUUGUUUCUUAGCGGAGCAUCUAUGAGAGGUCGCCAGGCUCAUAGGAUAACUCUUGUCGUGCUGAUGGCAUUGGUCAUCGCUAUUGAAUACACUGGUGGGUUUCAUACCCCAUAUAAGUGCAUAAAAUAUUACUAUCGUGAUUAAAGAAACCCAAAUAAAGUCACC